CUUACUUACAUAACCUACACAAUGCUUUAUCCAGAACUCUCAUCCUUAGAAGACUUCGAAUUCAUCAAAAAUCUUGGAUCAGGAUACUCAUCCACUGUUGAUCUAUACAGACACAUCUAAAGCGACAGAAUAGUGGCAGUGAAGAAAUUAUCAAUCAAGAAUUUAACUUAAUCUGAAUGCAGGAAAACCUACGAUACUGAAAUAACCAUCUUAACUAAACUGAAAGGUUGUUCCAAUGUAGUCCAAUUAAUCGGCUUCGGAUUCUACACCACUAUCGAAAUCAGUACCAGAAGAACUAGAACUUUAAACAAUUAUUUCCUAAUUUUAGAAUACAUUGAUGCUUAACCAUUGGACAAAAAUAGUGAAAGAAUUACUAAAUAAUUCUACUACAAACUUUUAUAAACUCUGUAGAGGAUUCAUGAAUUGGGAGUAGUUCAUAGAGAUUUAAAUCUAAAUAAUGUUCUAAUUUAAAACAACGAACCUAUACUCAUUGACUUUGCCUUUGGUGCAGUGACGAAUGGCAAAUAGAAAUUCACUGAAUUUUAUGGAACUAAACCAUAUGUGGCACCAGAGAUUGUUGAUGGUUAGUCCUAUCUCCCAUACCCUACUGAAGUUUACAGUUUAGGUGUUAUUUUAUUGGAAUUGAUAAACAACGAGGACUCCAAAGAAAUUGCAGCCUAAAUGAUGCAAUAGAAUCCGUAUAAAAGACCUAAUUUGGAGGAUUUCAUUGCUCAUCCUUGGUUUUAAUCUUGAUGUACUUAGUUAUUUGUAUUUCUCUAAAAUCAA